AUGGCUACCUCAUCCUCCAUCGGAUGCUUCCCAACUGCCGACGACGCCUUCGGCCCCAUCGUCCAGAACUGCCGUCAAGGUUUCGACUUCACCCUGGCAUUUGAACAAUGCCUUUUCACAAUCUUGCCGGCGUUGCUCCUACUGCUCGCCGCACCUCUCCGCCUCCGCCACCUCGCCAAACUUCCUCGUGCCGUAUCCGGCACCGCCCUCCGCCUCGCCAAACAGGCCGCCAUCGGUGUCCUUGCCGUACUGCAGCUUGCCCUUGUCGCGCUGUGGGCAACCCACCGAGAAGCGGGCCGCCUACGCACCGUCUCCAUCGUAGCUUCCUGCGCAUCCUUUGCCGCCGCAGUCAUGUUUGGUGGUCUCUCGUCUAUAGAACACGCGAAGAGCCUUAAGCCUUCGUCCAUUUUGAAUAUAUACAUGCUCGUGUCCCUGGUGUUGGAUGGAGCAAUCCUCCGCACCGUAUGGCUGUCGCACUUAAGCGUCACCAUCAGCGCCGUCUUCUCCGCGUCUUUCGCGUUGAAGGCGGUCAUCGUGAUCCUCGAGGCUUGGGGGAAGACGCCCUACCUCGCCGGCGGUCGUCGGUCGUACAGCCCCGAGGAGACCAGUGGCAUCUACAGCCGCGGUCUCUUUUGGUGGCUUACGCCAUUGCUGCUGACAGGGUUUCGUCGUCUCCUGAAGCCGUUGGACCUGUUCGUCUUGGACAGGUCCAUGUCGACUGCCGUGCUGGACGAGAGAUUCUGGCGUGACUGGAACAAGGCGUCGUCGUUCUCGGCUGCUGUCCAGCCGGACGCAUCACCUCUUACGAAGCGUCACCGGCUCAUCAGGACCUGCGUCAGUACGCUGAAGUGGCAGUUGCUGGCAGUCAUCCUGCCGAGGAUAUUUCUGCUGGGCUUCACCAUCUGCCAGCCCCUGAUCUUGAACCGAUUCCUCGACUUCCUACAGAACACGCCGGAGGAUGUCAACUACGGUUAUGGUCUCAUUGGCGCCUACGGCUUCGUAUACCUCGGCAUCUCCAUCUCAUCCAGCUUUUACUGGCACAAGGCUUUCCGAUCCUUGGCCAUGCUCAGAGGCAUCCUGGUUACUGCCGUCUACUCCAAGACGACAGAGUUGCGCGUCGCACCCGGAGACAAUGCUGCCGCGGUGACUCUGAUGUCGACCGAUGUCGAUGCCAUCAUCCGUGCCUGGCGCGAAGUUCACGAGUUUUGGGCCAACACCAUUCAAAUUGCCCUCGCAACAUGGCUUCUCAGCACACAUCUCGGCUACGCAGCCUCCGGUCCCAUCGUGGUCUCCGUCAUUGCUUUGAUCGCCACUGUCUUCUUCGCUCCUGCCGCCCAGAAAUACCAAGUCAUCUGGGUUGAGAAAGUUCAGAGGCGCAUCGGUAUUCACUUCCCUCCCAACGUCUCAGAUGCCGUACUGACUUGUGAUAAAGGCAUCACCUCAGCCAUGAUUGGCCACAUCAAAAGCAUCAAGAUGUCAGGACUGACGCAAAAGCUUUCAGAGACCCUGGCAGACCUCAGAAUCGACGAGAUGAAGGCGGCAACCCCAUUCCGCGUCAUCGGUGCCAUCACCUCGGCCGUCGCGCAGGUGCCCCUGAUGCUUGCUCCGGUGGUCGCCUUCGCCAUGUACACGACCAUCGCGGCCAAAACCGGUCAGACUCUUGAUGCCACCAAGCUGUUUGCUGCUCUUUCUUUGAUUAUCCUGCUCGCGAAUCCCCUCUUUUGGAUGUUUGAGGUUGUCUUGGACAUGAGCGCUGCCCUUGCGUGCUUCCAACGUAUCGAGACGUAUCUGACCGAGCCGCCUCGGGUUGAGUAUCGGUUAUUCCCUUCUGACCUACAACCUGGAACGCAGUCCACGGGAUCAUACGGGUCUUCCCAAGACAUCCAACUACUAACUCUUGAGAACAGAGGAGAGCAUGAUUUGGAAAGGAACCCGAGCACAAGGCCUGCUCUUAGUGUACAGGAAGCAUCUCUGAGCUGGAAGGAUGAAGCUGACUCCAUUCUGAGUGGUCUAAAUUUCGACAUACAGAAGGGCCAGCUGGUGAUGCUUGUAGGGCCUGUUGCAUCUGGCAAAAGCACUCUCCUGAAAGGCCUUCUUGGUGAAAUACCUCACGUCACAGGGACGGUUGCCCUUUCCAGCACCCGUGUUUCCUGGUGCGAGCAAAACCCAUGGCUGAUCAACGAGACAGUUCGUAAGAACAUCAUCUGCUUCUCCGAGUUCGAUCUACACCUCUAUCGACAGGUUCUGAAGGCCUGCGACCUCGAGAAGGAUCUCGCCCAGCUCCCAGAGGAGGACCUAACAAUUAUAGGCAGCAAGGGUAUCGUCUUGAGUGGAGGCCAAAAGCAGCGUGUCGCCCUUGCCAGGGCUAUUUAUUCUCGGCCAGAGAUCGCCUUGUUUGAUGACAUCUUCAGUGGAUUGGAUAAUCACACUGCCAGAACCGUGUUUCAGCGCGUCUUCAGUGCUGAUGAAGGCAUGCUCAGGGCUUGGGGAACUUCAAUUGUCCUUGCCACUCAGUCAGUGAGCUUUCUGUCCCGGGCAGACAUGAUCGUCACUCUCGGAGACGGCAAGAUCGCAGAGAUGGGAAGUUUCGAAAAGUGUCGAAACGCAGAUGGCUAUGUCGGCAAUCUCGUUGCGUCGGGACCCCUCAGCCGAGAUGAAGACAAGGCCCAACAAGAGAAGACCGCCAAUGACACGACGUUUCAAGUGAUACCAGAGAGGAAGACCAAGGCGGUCGAGGAGCAAGACGACAAGCGGCGGCAGCUGGGUGACUGGAGCGUCUACGGCUACUACUUUGGCAGUGUCGGGACCGUCCUUGUCGCCAUCAUGCUAUUCCUCCAAGUGACCUGGGCCUUCUUCUCAACAUUUCCGACUAUUUGGUUAAAGUUCUGGACGGACGCCAACCUCGAGGCCCCAGGACGACUCGAUGCCUACUAUCUCGGCAUCUACGCGGCUCUGCAAGUCGGAGGUUUAUUUAGCUUUGCAGUACUCAUCUGGUUCGUACUUGUCCCAGUAGCAGCGAAAUCUGGAAUCAACCUACACCAGAGACUUCUCAAAGCCGUCGUGCACACAGAUAUCGGCUCCAUCACAACCCGAUUUUCGCAGGACAUCGGCCUGAUCGACCGAAGCCUACCCCUGGCACUGGUGAUUUCCCUUGCAAGCUUCUUCACUUGCAUUGGCAAGGCCUUCCUCAUAGCCUCGGCCUCAUGGUACAUCGCCAUCAGCUUCCCCGUUCUAAUUCUCGUCUUCUACUACAUCCAGCGGGCCUACCUCCGCACCUCCCGUCAGCUACGUCUCUUGGACCUCGAGGAGAAAGCUCCCAUCUACACACACUUCCUUGAGACUCUCUCGGGCCUCGCAACCCUCCGCGCCCACGCCCUCACCCACGCCUCUAUAACCCGUUCCCAUGCCCUUAUCGACCGCUCCCAGCGGCCCUUUUACAUCCUCCUCCUCACCCAGCAGUGGCUCACCCUCGUCCUCGACCUCGCAACCGCCGCCCUCGCCGUCCUCGUCGUCGGAGUCGCCGUCCGCCUGCGCGCCACCGCAUCUAUCGGCCUCACGGGCGUCUCUCUUAUCCAGCUCAUCUCCUUCACUGAGACCCUCAAGAUGCUGAUCCAGUUCUGGACCUCACUCGAGACUUCCAUCGGCGCCGUCGCGCGCAUCAAAAACUUCUCCGAGGAGACAGUCGACGAGGUCGGAGAUGACCGUCUGACACGGCACGACCGGGCAUUGGAAACGGACCUGAAGAGCGGCUGGCCUGACAGGGGGGUCAUAGAGAUCUGCGACGUUUCCGCGUCUUACGACGCAACCGGCCCAGGUGAAGACGGAAAAACUGCCGCGACGAGGGCCCUGGACGGCAUCUCCAUCUCCAUCCGCCCCGGCGAGAAGAUCGGCGUCGUGGGCCGCACGGGAAGCGGCAAGUCCUCCCUUCUACUCGCCCUUCUGCGCCUCCUGCCGUUGUCCUCCGGGACUAUAUCGAUCGAUGGGAGGCCCAUCGACUCCUUGCCCCUCCUGCCCCUGCGGUCAGCCCUCAUUGCCAUCACCCAAGACCAAUUUAUCCUUCCCGGGACGGUGCGGCAGAACCUCGACCCCCUCGGCACGGCAUCCGCCGCCGGGGACGCCGCGGUCGAGUCGGCGCUCGCGCGCCUCGGCCUCUGGGACACAAUCCGAGACAACGGCGGGCUGGACGCCGAUUUCGCCGAGGAGGCGCUGAGCCACGGGCAGAGACAGCUGUUCUUCCUCGCGAGGGCCAUCUUGAGGAGGCACGUAGGACGGGUGGUUCUCCUAGACGAGGCGACGAGCAGCAUCGACGCCCAAACCGAGAAGAUGGUCAGAGACCUCGUCCGCGAAGAAUUCAACGACCACACCGUCAUCGCCAUCGCUCAUCGUCUGGGCACGGUCGCUGACUUCGAUCGCGUCGUGGUGCUGGACAAGGGCCGCGUUGUCGAGGUCGGCAACCCCCAGGACCUCUUGCUACGGGCAAAUGGAAGGUUCAGGGAGCUCUGGGAUGCCAGCAGACAGCACGGAAGCCACGACGAUGCUUAG